GCUGCCCAUUCACAGAUAAACGGAGAUUAUGGCAACCGGAACGAGGAGCAGAUCAUGAUCAAGCUGAACGAGAAGUGCAUCCAGAAUGACAAUCAUUCGUGCAGCAUGCUCAAGACGAUUGUCUUUCUGGAUCGCCUGUUCAAGAAGUCCAAUUUCGAUCUGAGCGAAAAUUUCCGCGUGUCGCGCAACAGGGAUAUGCCCGACGUAGCCGACGAUGCCGAGGAUGAGCUGCUGCUGGCCCGCGCCAUGGACUCGGACGAGGAAUCCUACGGCCUGCUGAUAGCCAACAAGCUGUGGCGAUUCGUGCGCUCGCGUACACUGCGCUACAAGUUCUCGGACAACGCGGACUUUGUGGUGCACAGCGAGCCGCAGGGCAGCCUCAAUAUUGGCGUCUCGGUGCGUCCCAUCGAGGCGCUGGAGGAGGGUCGCGGCAAAAUGAAGAACAUGGGCCCGGUGCUGAUGAUGAUGGCCGCCAAGACGGGCAUGGUGGGCGCCAUUAUGCUGAAGGGCCUCUUCCUGCUCGCCGGCAAGGCGCUGAUUGUCUCCAAAAUUGCCCUGCUGCUGGCGGUCAUCAUAUCGCUGAAGAAGCUGCUCUCGCAGAAGAAGACCAUUGUGGAGGUGCCAUCGCAUCAUGACAGCUACAGUUCCGGCUGGUCGCGUGCCCUCGACGGCUUUGUCGAGGGCCUCGCCCAGGUGCCGGCACACAUAAUGGCGCAGGAGGCACAGGACAUGGCCUACAAUGCGCAGCAGCCCAGCAAGGUGGCGCAAUAA